AUGGAAUUCAUGUGGCUGUACUCCCUGUGCCAGUGCACCCUUUCUGUAUCUGUAAUAGUGGUGAGUGUGAGGUUGUGUAUGGCAGUCAGUGGCAACGGUACUGUGGCUGACAUCCAGGAGAGAACCCAGAGUGCCAGACCCCAACCCGGGAGCGUCUCAUGCUGUCUUCUACUGUGCUUGGGCUGUGUGGGGGCGGUAGGGGGUGCAGUGGACAUCCCUGUAAGUGUGUUACUCAACCUGCGAACCCCCCAGUGUCUGUACACCUGCAUAACCUUGGUGUGUUGUCCCAUGCUAGUCAGGCAGUUUACUAUGUUCCUGUUAAUGCUGCUUACACUGGACACGCACUUGCAACAUUCCUUGGCAGACAGGUACUCCUCAGUGGUGACCCGUCAGCGAGCCCUGUGUGCGGUUCUGCUGUGCUGGGUAGGCUCAGUUGUAUCUUCCUUCGCACAGUUCAUCGGCUCGGAUGUCCUCGACACCUGGAGAAGUAGUGGUACCAGUGCAGGCACAGCUGGACUCGGGCUGGUUGGCAACUGGACUACCUCUUUACCUCAUCUUACCCUGCCCCCACCCCCUAAGUACCACAAUGACCGCAAGGUCAUUGGGAAGUACCUUCCAUAUGGAGGCUUCCUGUCCAAGUUUUAUGUGGAGGACAUGCACAACUUCACCUAUGCAGAGAUUCACAGCAGCCACUGGGGAGUGUGCGCCCCUGACACUAUUCUCAGUCCCCAGUUCCUAGUCUAUGUUCAUGGAAUGACAGUGUUCAUGCUCCCCUUGCUUUGCCUGCUGGGUAUUUACCUUGACCUGCUAUGCUUGAAGCCUAGGAAAACUCUUUUCAGUCAUGCAGACCCUCCAAAACACGACUCCUGCCGAGUCCGUUCCCUGGCUCUGUCUCUCUCCCUUUUAGUUCUGCUGUGCCUGCCUGUCCACAUUAUUCAUGCUCUCUUGCUUUUCACCCCCAACACCAAUCUUCCUGCCUGGACUCACGCAGUUGCCCUGUUUCUCUUCAAGCUGUACAGUCUUGUGCCCCCGAUCCUCUUCACUCCUCCAAGGAAACGAGUGGGGGAGGAACGGGCAACCUUUCCUCUGUCUGUUCCCAACCUUCCACCUGCAGUAGCCCCAUCCAGAGGAAAAUCUGUUGGCAUGGCACUAUGUGAAGCAGUACAGGCAGCUCCAUGGUCUUCAGCCAAACACUCCAUUAAAACCAAAGUGUGUCCAGAGGUCUGA